AAAAUGCAGUAUGCACUCACGUGGGUGCGUGUCUCGUCCGACUGUGUAUCACGCAGGUUCACGACUUAUUUUCGUAUAUAAUAAUAUCCGUGUUAUAAAACACCGAUGCUUCGUGUAUAUAUAAUAAUAAUAUAAUUAUAUUCAUUUAUCGUAGUCGUUUUCGUUUUCGUUAUUUGGACAUCAAAAAAUAAUAAUAGAUAUUAUUUCGUAUAAUAUAAUAUAAUAUGUGCGCGCGCACCGCGUCCACGCGCGCAACACUCGUACGGUUUCGUCGGGAGUAACGAAUCUACGGCAAUAGUCUACGGAAGAGGAAAAACUUACUCGUCGGCCGCCGACUCUAGCGUACUCGUGUAUGUACCUAUGCUAUGACUACUAAUAAACUACAUUACUACAGCAUUGGGUUUAUAUUUUAAUAUUAUUUGUUUGUCGCAUCUCAACUGUAGACGCCUUUAUUGAUAUAUAUUGGACAAUCGUUGGACUAUCCGUCAUUUUCGCGGCAUGUUUCGGUUAGUAGCUGGAGCGGCGUCGCGUCGACGUUCCCGCAUUGCCGUUGCCGCUGCCGGACGCGAGUCCGGUUCCACGACCGCAGAGUCGAGAGUUCCCUACGGUCAACUUGGAGUGGGCGUGCCGAAGGAGACUUGGUCCGGGGAGAAGAGGGUGGCCCUGGUGCCGAGUUCCGUAGAACUCUUGACGAAACUUGGCUGGAACGUAAAAGUCGAACGGGAUGCGGGUGCCGAGGCCAAGUUCAGAGAUCAAGAUUAUGAAAUCGCUGGAGCUGAGAUCGUUUCGAGAGAAAAUGCGUUCGAUUCGGAUGUUAUACUUAAAGUCAGAUAUCCUAUUACGAACGAAGUGCCUCUGUUUAAAAACGGUUCCACGUUGAUAUCAUAUUUGUAUCCAGCAAAAAAUCAUGAUUUAAUUAAAUCAUUGGCAACAAAAAAAAUGAAUGUUUUUGCAAUGGAUUGUAUGCCUAGAAUAUCCAGAGCUCAAGUUUUUGAUGUACUAAGUUCUAUGUCAAACGUGGCUGGUUACAGAGCUGUCAUCGAAGCUGCAAAUCACUACCCAAGAUUUUUAGCCGGACAAAUAACUGCGGCUGGGAAAUUACCGCCAGCUAAAGUAUUUGUGAUUGGUGGAGGUGUAGCUGGUCUAGCCGCUAUUGCACAAGCUAAAAAUAUGGGAGCCAUUGUUAGAGCAUUUGAUACACGGUCUGCUGUCAAGGAACAAGUUGAAUCCUUAGGAGCACAAUUUUUGACAGUUUCUAUUCAGGAAGAAGGUUCAACUUCGGGGGGUUACAGCAAAGAGAUGUCCAAAGAAUUUAUUGAAGAAGAAAUGGAAUUAUUUUCUAGACAACUAAAAGAUGUAGAUAUUGUUAUUUCAACUGCAUUAAUUCCAGGAAAACCGGCACCCAAGUUGAUUUUAAAAGAGCACAUUAAAAACAUGAAACCUGGAAGUGUUGUAGUUGACUUAGCUGCCGAAGCAGGCGGGAAUAUUGAAACAACUCGUGUUGGCGAAAUUUACACUUAUAAUGAUGUUGUGCAUAUUGGGAUAACUGACUUGCCAUCUAAACUACCAUCACAGAGUUCUUCUUUGUAUUCGAAUAAUAUAUCAAAAUUUUUACUAACCAUAGGCAGUGAUAAACACUUUUGGAUAAAUUUAGAAGAUGAAGUUAUAAGGGGAAGCAUUGUUUUAAAAUCAGGAGUAUUAUUAUGGCCACCACCACCACCUCCACAACUUGAAAUACUAAAAGAGAGUAAAGUGGUUUCAAAACAAGUUGAAAUUAUCCCUGUUGAUCAUCUCCAAAAACAUUUGAAAGAUUCGUUGGCAGUUAGCACCGGUCUUGGAAGCUUAUUAGCAUUUGGAGCUAUAUCUCCUAAUCAUAAUUUCUCUAUCAUGGCAUCUACAUUUUCAUUAGCUAGUAUUGCUGGUUAUUAUACAGUUUGGGAUGUAACUCCUGCAUUGCAUUCACCAUUAAUGUCUGUAACUAAUGCCAUAUCGGGAAUAACAGCGGUUGGGGGUUUAUUAUUAAUGGGUGGAACAUAUUAUCCUACAGACGCGGUGCAGGGAUUAGCUGCAACAGCCGCACUUUUAUCGUUCGUUAAUGUAUUUGGUGGAUUUGUAGUGACUCAACGUAUGUUACAAAUGUUCAAAAGGCCAAGUGACCCACCAGAAUACAAUGCAUUAUAUUUUAUACCGGCUUCGGUAUUCUUUUGUGGUUAUACAUGGGGCAUAAUGAAUAGCUUACCAGAAAUACAUAAUUUUGCAGCAUUAGGAUCAUCUUUAUGUUGUAUUGGUGCAAUUGCUUCUUUGAGUUCACAAAAAACAGCUCGCUUUGGAAAUAAUUUAGGAAUAAUUGGAGUCAGUGGUGGGAUUGCCUCAACACUUGGCUAUAUUGCACCAUCCACAGAAGUUUUGGCUCAAAUGAUAGUGUGUACUGGCCUUGGAGGUGCAAUUGGUUCAAUUGUAGCAAAGCGAAUACAAAUUACUGAUUUGCCUCAACUUGUGGCGGGAUUCCAUAGUCUUGUUGGUUUAGCUGCAGUGUUUACUUGUUUAGCAACAUUCAUGCAUGAUUUCCCAUUAUUUGCAACUGACCCAACUGCAACUGUUAUAAAGACAUCAUUAUUCUUAGGCUCGUCAAUUGGUGGAAUUACAUUUAGUGGAUCGUUAAUUGCUUAUGGAAAACUACAAGGAAUUUUGGCUUCAAAACCAUUAUUGCUUCCAGGAAGACACACAAUAAAUAUGGGCCUUUUUGCCGGAAACUUGGCUUCUAUGGCAUAUUUUUUCUAUGACCCAUCAAUGUUUGGAGGCUUGGCAUCAUUGUCAUCUGCUACUGCUUUUUCGGCAGCUUUAGGAUUGUCACUAACCUCAUCUAUCGGAGGUGCUGAUAUGCCGGUCGUGAUUACAGUAUUAAAUAGUUAUUCAGGAUGGGCAUUAUGUGCUGAAGGGUUUAUGUUAAAUAAUAACUUGAUGACAAUUGUAGGGGCUCUGAUUGGAUCCUCUGGUGCUAUAUUGUCUUACAUCAUGUGUAAGGCAAUGAAUCGUUCUUUGACUAGUGUUAUACUUGGUGGUUUUGGUAAUAAACCCGUUAAGUCCAGUAAACAAGCAGAAAUAGCUGGAACACACACAGAAACAAGUGUUGACCAGGUAGCUGAUCUCAUGAUAAAUUCAAAAAAUAUUAUAAUCACACCAGGUUAUGGUUUAUGUGUUGCUAAGGCACAAUAUCCACUGGCUGAAAUGGUUUCGAUUUUAAAGAAAAGUGGAAAAACUGUUCGUUUUGGCAUUCACCCUGUUGCAGGUCGCAUGCCAGGUCAGUUAAAUGUUUUGUUGGCAGAAGCUGGAAUCCCUUAUGAAGAUAUGUUAGAAAUGGAUGAAAUCAAUGAUGAUUUUAAUAAAACUGAUUUAGUGUUAGUGGUUGGUGCUAAUGAUAUAGUUAAUUCAGGUGCUGAAGAUGAUCCAAAUUCUGUUAUUGCUGGAAUGCCAGUGUUAAAAGUUUGGAAUGCAAAUCAGGUUAUUGUUAUGAAGCGAUCCUUGGGUUUUGGAUACGCAGCUGUUGAAAAUCCAAUAUUUUACAAGCCAAAUACCAAUAUGUUACUAGGAGAUGCUAAGAUAACAUGUGAACAGUUAUUGGCUAAAAUUAAAGCAAAUCAAUAAAUUAAUUAAUGAGUUUUUCGUGAUUGUCUAUGCUUAUAAUGUUUUUAUACUGAAAUUUUUGUAUUAUUUGUUUUAAAAUUAUUUAAAUCUGUUGAUUACUAUAAUUUUAUUUUUAUUUCAUACCUAGUUAUUUUAAUUAUUUUUGAGAGAUUAAAUUAGGAAUGUAAAUAAUAUAUUUUUUUUAUUGUAUUAAUUUUUUUUUAAUUAAAUUGCUAAUUUUUAUAUUUUUUUA